UCCCUCUUCCGGUCUUUCCCCACCACGCGCGGUCACCGCCCACCGCGACGUGAUGGCGGCCCAGCCCAGCGGCGAUGCGCGCCUCGACCGCCUCGCCCGCGCCCUCACCUCCGCCCGCCCGCCCCCGCCGCCCGCCGCGCUGCACGCCCACCUCCUCCGCGCUCACGCCGCCAUCGCUCCCGCUCUGCUCCGCUCGCUCCUCAACCGCGCCAUCCGCCGCCUCUCCAAGCCAAGCCCGCGCGCCGCGCUCGGCCUGCUCCUCCUCAUGCCGCGCGUGUCCGUCUCCCCGGACCACUUCUCCCUCCCCUUCGCGCUCAACGCCGCCGCGUCGCUCCGCCUCCUCCCGCUCGGCGCCUCCCUCCACGCCCUCGCCAUCCGCCUCGCGCUCCUCCCGCUCCGCCUCCCCGUCGCCAACGCCAUCGUCGACCUCUACGCCAAGUGCGAGGACCUCCCCGCCGCGAACGCCGCGCUCGCGGACAUCCCUGUCCCCGACGCCAUCUCGUUCAAUUCUCUCCUCUGCGCACACGCCCGCCUAGCCUUCGUGCCCUCCGCCGAGUCCCUCUUCGCCUCCAUGCCAUGCCGAACCCAGGUCUCCUGGAAUGCCAUGGUAGUCGUAUACGUCAAUGCAGGUGACCUCGUAUCUGCUCGCCGUGCGUUUGAUGAAAUGCCUACAAGGGACUCUGCCUCGUGGUCGGUGCUGAUUGUAGGGUAUUGCAAGCGUGGGUCGAUGCAGUGCGCGCGCGAGCUAUUUGACAAAAUGCCGGCAAAGAAUCUCGUGGCGUGGACAGCAAUGAUUAAUGGUUAUGCACAGACUGGGCAGCCGAAGGCAUCACUUGCGUUGUUUAGGGAAUUGGAGGCUGCCGGGAUUGAGCCUGAUGCAGCCACCAUGGUUGGGGUUAUUUCUGCGGCUUCACAGAUGGGCAGCACGGAGUUGGCUGGGUGGGUUGGAGCUUAUGUUGACAGGAAGAGGAUUGAAAGGAACGAGAAGGUGCUUACAGCACUCGUAGAUAUGCAUGCCAAGUGCGGCAAUGUUGAGAAGGCUCUGAGUGCUUUUAGGGAGAUUGCACAGCCGGAUGCCUAUCCAUACACUGCAUUUAUUAGCGGGCUGGCAACUCAUGGGCAUGCAAAGCUGGCACUUCAAGUGUUUGAAAGGAUGCAGGCUCAGGCUGUCAGGCCUGAUCCGAUCACUUUUGUUGGUGUGCUUACUGCGUGCAGCCAUACAGGGCUUGUCGAUAAGGGACUGGAGUAUUGGGAGGCAAUGGUGCAGGAUUAUGGAAUUGAGCGCCGUGCGGAUCACUAUGCCUGUGUCGUUGACAUGCUUGGCCGAGCAGGGAGGCUUGAGGAGGCUUACGAGAUGGUGCAAACAAUGCCGAUGGGGCCACACCCUGGGGCUCUUGGUGCACUGCUGAGUGCCUGCAAGACACAUGACAAUGUUGAGAUUGCAGAAAUUGCUGCAAACAAGCUUUUUGAGUUGGAACCUUGGAACACUGGGAACUAUAUACUGCUGUCCAAUAUAUAUGCUGGGAAAGAGCUAUGGGAGGAGGCGGAAAGAGUUAGAUUGCUGAUGAGAACAAAACUGCCCUUUAAAAAGCCAGGGUCUAGUUGGGUUGAGGAUCGACAGAGGGAGCGUGCCAAGAUGUCUGUGAGAGACUGAAAAUCAGUAGAAACACCACUGUUGAUUUGGAGAUGGCGGAAGCUAGGCAGGCUUAAAACAGAGCUAAUUUAACAGUCAUCAAAGCAGGAGCUUCGUAUCAGCUUGACACUAAGGUAUCUUCAGUUCAUGUCAUAUCCGAAACAUUCUGUGAUAAAUUAUUUUAAUCCAUAUAGGUACCGAUUGAUUUCCUAUAGUAAGUAUAGUUAUCUCCCAAUGAACUGAGGUAGCAGAGCAUAGAUCCUUACACUUGCAAUAGAUAUGGUUCAAUGAAUAUUUAGGAAUGGGAAUGGUUAUUCUUUGUUACAAUUUGAGCACUACACCUUAAUGCUUGUAAGGGUUCAGCGAGAGAACCUCUUGAUAUGGUUUUCAUAACACACUGAGUACGAAAGACUAGGAUCAGUUGCAAAUUAUUAACAUCAGAAAGAAGCUGUAUCGUCAUGAAGUACGAAAUGAUUAUUUACAACGUGCACUCCACAUGAAUGAGUGUAUAUUGGUCUUGAUGAUUGGUAAAUCAUAAGCAGAAGAACUAGAAAAACAUUUUUCUGCAUGUUGCCACUUCCACAAAGGGGAUGGCUCAUCCAAUAGUGUACACUAGUGAUAGCAUGCUAAUUUAUGCACUAUUUUCAGGGCAUUCUCAGCUUUACUUCGCUGUCUCGAUGGCAUGAACCAAUUCAUCAAUCUUUGCACCAGUGACCUCCUUGACCACCUUGCCAUCCUUGAGAAUCUUGAAUGUUGGUACAACCUUUAUGCCCAGCUCCUUUGCAAGAGUCUGCAAGUAGCAAGCACCGAGGUUUUCAGCAUGUCAUGUCCCACAGAGCACAUAAUAGUAAUACACAAGAGCCAGCGAUGUAAUCCCAACUGACCUUGUUGUCCUGGUUGCAAUCGAGUUUGAGAAACACAAUAUCGAGGUUCUUCUCAGACAUCUCCUGGAAUUUCGGUGCCAUCACCUUGCAAGGGCCGCACCUGCAAACAAGAGUGCCAGACAGUAUCAGACUGCGGUGAGGAGAGAUCUAUUCUCUUCUUGGUUUUUGAUCUCGGUAAAAGACUGGAACGAAGCAGAGGUUGAUGAGCUCGGACGAUACCAUUGAGUGUACAUGUCGAGGACGACGACCUUCUCUCCUGCCGCCUUGACGAUUGGCCAGAAGGUGUCCUUGUUCACCUCCGUCACCGUCCCGGUCACCACCUCAGCCCGCACCGAUGUUGUCUCCAAGCUGCUUGACCUCAUCGGGGUCACUCCCCUCGUCUCAGAGCUCGUCAUCACCGUCAGGCUCCUCUUCUGGGACGCUGCCAUGCUGCCGAGCAAGGCUGGGAAGCGCCCACAGGCGGCCAGCCGGCAUGCAGAGAUGGCCGGCGAGGAGGCCGGCCCGUGAGACGAAGAGAUGGAGAGGCGUAACGCCAUCGGAUGCUAGAGUUUUGGAGGGUAGCAGGUGGGUGAGUCUGGUAGGAGAGGAGCUUGCAGCGGCGGCGGCAACAGACAAGUGGGUGAGCUUGAAAGGAUAUCCUGGGCUGUCUUGUGGUAUUUAUCGGCUUUCAACGAGAGAUAGUUUGUUGCGGGAAAUGGCAUGGCUGCCCCCGGCAAUUUAUGCACUUCUGUGGUGACGCUGCAUCCCGUAUUCCCGUAGCGUUCCGUGCUAGAGUCCAUUUUCGUCAUCUGGACGAUCAUAUUCUGUGGUUGCCAGAUCAGCUCUCCGGUUUUACGGAGGACUAAGACCCUGUUCGCCAAGGUUUCAGCUCUCAGCUUCAUUUUAGAUUGAGUGAUUAUAAAUUAAUAUAAAGUGAUUUAAAUAUUUAUUUUUAAUCUAGAACGUAAAUAAGAUAUGUCAUUUAAAAACCUCGGAUAUAGCUUUAGCUUCAGUUUUAUGGUUUUUUUAAGCUAAGAUUAUCCUACUCUAGAAAUUUUUGGAGCUAAAGUUCUACCACACAUGUCUAAGUUUGUAUAACAUUUGUACGCUACGCUUGUUUUGGUAACUGGUGGGCUCCGAGCAGAAUGAACCCAUAUGUAAGAGACACACAAUCUUCUUUUGUGGUAGUGACCGUUCCCACUUAAUAGCAUGUGGCCUCACGAUGACUGUAACAUGGAAUCAGCAUCGUAGAUCCUUUUGCACCUAU